CUCCGUUUUCUUCGUCCGCCUUCAUUCUUCUUUCUCUCUCCAUCGGCACCGAACCAAAACAAAGAAGGCAGAAGAAAACCCAUCAAAGAGCGACGUAGAUAUAUAUAUAUAUAUAUAGAGAGAGAGAGGUUCUAAGUUUUUUUUGUUAUCUUUUUGUUUCUCUCUGUUCCGUGAAGCAGAGAUCACUGUAUCACCAAUCAAACAAUGCCUGCUUUGAAGAGCUUUUCCGCCGCCGAGGAAGAAGACGACCAACUGUGUCCGAACCCAGAAGCCGACCGAUAUAAGUCGGAAGCUGAGGAGGAGGAAGAAGAAGAUCCGGACCAAAUGGAUGAGAAGGACGAAGAUGAUAACGAAGGUGGGGAUGAGGAAGUCGAAGAUGACGUGACACGUGACGAAGAGGAAGAAGAAGAAGUAGAAGCAGAGGAUGAGGAAGCGUUAGAUGAAGAAGAUUCUAAGGAAAGAAGUCAAUCUUCUACAUCAGAAGAGCUAUCAGAAUCAGAAUAUAUGGAUAUUGAGCUAGGGGAUAUCCGUAGGGACGUGCAGUGUCCGAUAUGUUUAGGAAUUAUAAAGAAAACAAGGACUGUCAUGGAAUGUCUCCACCGGUUUUGCCGAGAGUGCAUUGAUAAGUCAAUGAGAUUGGGGAACAAUGAAUGUCCUGCUUGCAGAAAACAUUGUGCAAGCCGACGUUCUUUAAGAGACGACCCAAAAUUUGAUGCCUUUAUUGCAGCUUUAUUCAAAAAUAUUGAUAGAUUCGAGGAGGAGGAGUUGGCUUGUCAUGAAGAUGAGUUGGCUCGUAGAAAGCAGAUUCAAGUAUCUAUAGCCCAAGUAUCCCAACGACAAUCUGAGGCCCUUGUGAAAAGAAGGUCUUUUGGUAAAGAUGCAGGGGUCUUACCGAGACCACAACGUAUAGGUAGUGGCUCCAGAAGAAGAAGGAACUACAGAAACAUGGAACAAAAUACACCAGAAGCCGAUGAUGAUGAUGAUGAUAAUAACAACAGAGGCAAAGAUUCUUCUUCAGAUGAGCCUUGUGCUGAAAUACUGCUGAGAAAACGGAAAAGGCGCUCUACAACUCGUUCUACAGCUCACCCUUCUUCUUCAUGUCAAAACAACAACGAUAUCUGCGCUAAUAAGGGCACAGAGGAGGCCCAUCAUAGAGACAGCAGAGGAAUAUCACCUGGGCUUGUUUGGAACCCGGAAAUACUUGCAUGGGGAAGAGGCGGUACAAGGAGUAACACAAGGCAAGGGAAUAAUAACCAAGGAGCUAGUAGUAAGAGUGUUAGGAAUGCUCGGUUGAAUAGACUUGUGGAAUAUCUCGGUAGCUUAGAGAGUAACAGUGGCGAGUUGGAUAUUCAUCUUAAGCUUAUCUCGCUGGAUACAAAAUGUAUACCAAACUUACCUCAGCCAUAUCUCUGUUGCCGACCCACUUUGCUAGUCAAACAGCUUCGCAAAUAUGUUGCACUCCAGAUGCAAUUGAAGACUGAAGAGGUUGAAUUGCUGGUAUCUAAAGAAGAUGAUAGGGCAAUUGAGGGUAAGACCUCAUCGUCAUCAACAGAGAGGCUGCAAAGUAUUCAAGAUGAUGAAACCUUGGCAAAGCUAAGAGUUGAUUGCAUUUCAAGCCAUGGAUAUUUGAUGGUAGUGUGCCGGCAAAAGCAAAUCGGGUAGAAGCAUAGAAGGUGGAAGCAAUUGAUUCGAACAGUGUAAUAUAUGAAUGAAUUCGCCUAUGCUCUAGAUUGUUUUCUGUUUUUUAGUUUUUAAAAUAAAUUAUAUAAUCAAAUUCUAUUAGAAUCAUGAGACUCAAAAUGAGUA